CCCCCCGCGCUGGCGCUUCCCGACUGCUGACGGAGUACGCUCCCGCCCUCGCUCGCUUGGCCUUAUUAAUCCGCGUCCCCACUUUCCCCGGGGCCACCGGCUUCCCCGCCCUGGGCGGGGACUGAGAGAAACCUCCCCACCCUCAACUUCUUUCUGAGCAAAGUUGGGCGGGACCUGUCACCCACGCCCCUUAAGCCCUGGUCCUGCGGAGGGGUCGGAGGCCCGGAUCGGACGAUGAUUUCUGCACAGACCCUGUUCCUGCACUGGACCCACUAGCUUCUUCAGGCCAAGAUGGUCGUGCUUACCUGCUCCUAUUUCCCACCGCCACCCCCCGCACCAAGUGGGUGCUUAGGAACUAUUAACUCACCACCUCUUCUCCCAGCUGCUCCUGGGCUCCUGGGGCCAGGCGGCUGUCACAAUCCUCCCUCAGACAGUCCCCGUCCUCUUCUGGCUCCCUGGAGGCUGGGGCGGGGAAGACCGACGCUUUGCCCAGGCUACUGGAGUGACCCUCAUUCUCCAGCCCAAGGGCCUGGAGCAAUUGCGGCUCGCGGCCACUAGGUGCCAGCCUGUCCUCAUUGUGGCGAGGGCCUCCUGCCUUCAACGAGCUUGGCAGUUGCGUUUUAGGAAAGUUAGACUCUGGGCAAAGGGAGGAAGCGGUUGAGCCCCGAGGGGGUAGGAAGGGACCAGGGGCUAGGGGAAAGGUGCUGCGGGAGGGAAGAGAAAGCCAGAAGUAUGGGGCGCCAGAGACCCAGGGACUAAGCAGUUUGGGUGUUUGUUCUGCCUCCUCUGACAGCUCCAAGGUUACACAUUAACCCCUGUGGGCCUCCUGGGUCAACCUCGGCCUGUUGGUUUCUAGGUGAGGGCACUAGUGUCCCGGGUGAACGGCUUUCCCUCUCUGCACUCCCCUUUGCUUACAGGGCAGCUUUGUCCACCUGCCUACAACGACCUGAGCCAGAGACUGAGGGGCUCUCGUGGUCAUUCCAUGCGCGUUGGUUUGGGGCGGGGACAGAGGAUAAACACCCGUUUCCUCAACAUACCUCGCUCACUCAGAAAUAAAGAUACUAACCUUGAGCUAAUCACCAUCCUCCUUCUUAUGACUGAGAUUUUCAUGGAGCUCCCGCAGAGCAGGAGCCGCCGGAGAGAACCUUGAAUUAAACUGACUUCCCAUCAAGACCCGAGAUGGUGAUACCAGCCAGCACCCCCUACCUCUAGGCAGACCUUGCACCUAUCCCAGACAGGAGUCCACCUAUCUCCCAUCUUCCCCCCAUUAAGUUUUUUCUAGUUGAACGCUGAGGGCAGAGCACCCUGCUGCAGCGUUGCGUGUGUGGAGGGGACAGUUGAAGGAUGCUGACAAGCGCGGUGCUCACUACUCGGGACAGACUGAAAACUGUGUCACAUCCUCCCCAGGUGAAUCAAACUGCACAGCUCGGGGUUUCCCCGGUCCCUCCCUAGGCAAACAUGAAACUAACCCUGCUCCCUACCCCGCAGACCGAAAGGGCUGACACUCUCGGUUCAGUUUUGGUUAAGUAUUUAUCGUUUCCGUGCCAGUGCGAAUCCGCCCUCUCCUUCUGAAAUAACGUCACUCUUGGGCAGAGGGAGGUGGGUCCUCGCUUCCCACCCCCAGCUGGUCUGUGGAAGGUCAAUUCUCGGGGCACGGUACCCUUCGGGUCUAUCGAGGCUUUGCGAGGACUGGAUUGGGCCACACGUGUGGGGAGCGACGGUACCGUGCUGGCUACAGCGGGGCGCGACAAACAGUGGGAUAUCACCCCAUUCCCCGGACCCUGUGAGGGGCGGGAUCGAGAAAGAAAAGCGCUCGCGUGCCAGGGUUGCCUGGACGGUGUAAAUCAGCAGAGACGUGGAGGGGAACCUAAGUCUGAGCUCUACUUGCUCCGCCCCACAAAUACUCACAGGGCGGGGGCGGGGCCUUAGAGUGGGCGGGUCUGCGCACGCGCUGUGUCUGUAUGUGGCGGGGUUCCGGAAGUGUGGCUCUGAAAAAUGAGAUGGAGAAGUACGAGCGGAUCCGUGUGGUGGGAAGAGGUGCAUUCGGGAGCUCCCAGGCACCAGGUUUGCCCCGCCUGACCCGAGCCCGCCACCGUACUCCGUGUCCCCAGGAUUGUACACCUGUGCCUGCGCAAGGCUGACCAGAAGCUGGUGAUCAUCAAGCAGAUUCCAGUGGAGCAGAUGACCAAGGAGGAGAGGCAGGCGGCCCAGAAUGAGUGCCAGGUCCUCAAGCUGCUCAACCACCCCAAUGUCAUUGAGUACUACGAGAACUUCCUGGAGGACAAGGCCCUCAUGAUUGCCAUGGAAUACGCACCAGGUGGCACCCUGGCUGAGUUCAUCCAAAAGCGCUGCAAUUCCCUGCUGGAGGAGGAGACCAUCUUGCACUUCUUCGUGCAGAUCCUGCUGGCACUACAUCACGUGCACACCCACCUUAUCCUGCACCGGGACCUCAAGACUCAGAACAUCCUUCUCGACAAGCACCGCAUGGUAGUCAAGAUUGGCGACUUCGGCAUCUCCAAGAUCCUUAGCAGCAAGAGCAAGGCCUACACGGUGCCUGGGCAUGGAGGGGACCUCGGGAGUGCAGAAGGUCUUGGGGGCCAAGGUCCACAUUGUAUCCCUACCUCCUCCCUUCUCCCCCCACCCAAAGACCUUGGCCCCUGGCUGGGUAGUCUUGCAGAAGGAAGCACCUUGGCCUUGGCCUGCUUUGGGAAGAAGCUGCCCACAAAUGGACCUGUGUGCAGAGCACCUGGUCCCAUCUCCUCCACCCCCAGGGCUGUAAUACUGGCUUUCCUGGUGCAGGUGGUGGGUACUCCAUGCUACAUCUCCCCUGAGCUGUGUGAGGGCAAACCCUACAACCAGAAGAGCGACAUCUGGGCCCUGGGCUGUGUCCUGUACGAGUUGGCCAGCCUCAAGAGGGCCUUUGAGGCCGCGAACCUGCCAGCGCUGGUGCUGAAGAUCAUGAGCGGCACCUUUGCACCCAUCUCUGACCGAUAUAGCCCUGAGCUGCGCCAGCUGGUCCUAAGUCUGCUCAGCCUAGAGCCUGCACAGCGGCCACCACUCAGCCACAUCAUGGCACAGCCCCUCUGCAUCCGUGCCCUUCUCAACCUCCACACCGAUGUGGGCAGCGUCCGCAUGCGGAGGGUGGAGAAGUCCUUGACCACUGGACCACCCAUGGCCCCCGGCAGCGCAGGGGGUAGGACCACCAGCACCCGCUGCAGGGGCGUCCCCCGGGGCCCAGUGCGGCCGGCCAUCCCCCCACCUCUGUCCUCUGUGUAUGCGUGGGGUGGCGGUCUCAGCGCCCCCCUGCGGCUGCCGAUGCUCAACACAGAGGUGGUCCAAGUGGCAGCAGGGCGCACGCAGAAGGCAGGCGUCACGCGCUCCGGGCGUCUCAUACUGUGGGAGGCCCCGCCCCUAGGCGCCGGCGGGGGCGUCCUCCUCCCAGGGGCAAUGGAGCAGCAGCAACCCCAGUUCAUCUCCCGUUUUCUGGAGGGCCAGUCAGGUGUGACCAUCAAGCAUGUGGCCUGCGGGGACCUCUUCACGGCCUGCCUGACCGACCGAGGCAUCAUCAUGACCUUUGGCAGUGGCAGCAGUGGGUGUCUAGGCCAUGGCAGCCUCACUGACAUGAGCCAGCCUCCCCUUGCCCUCCAGCCCACCAUUGUGGAGGCCUUGCUGGGCUAUGAGAUGGUGCAGGUGGCUUGUGGAGCCUCUCAUGUGCUGGCCCUAUCAACUGAGCGAGAACUCUUUGCCUGGGGCCGAGGAGAUGGCGGCCGGCUGGGACUAGGUACCAGGGAGUCCCACAGCUGCCCCCAGCAGGUGCCCAUGCCCCCAGGACAGGAAGCCCAGCGUGUUGUAUGUGGCAUCGACUCCUCCAUGGUCCUCACUGUGCCUGGCAGAGCACUGGCCUGUGGGAGCAACAGAUUCAACAAGCUGGGUUUGGACCACCUUUCCCUGGGGGAGGAGCCUGCCCCCCAUCAGCAAGUGGAGGAAGCCCUGAGCUUCAUACCACUAGGCUCUGCACCUCUGGACCUGGAACCCCUGCUGAGUCUGGACUUGGGCACUGCUCACUCAGCUGCUGUGACUGCCUCAGGUGACUGCUACACUUUCGGCAGCAAUCAGCAUGGACAAUUGGGUACCAAUGCCCGCCGGAGCAGCCGAGCACCCUGUCAGGUCCAAGGCCUCCAGGGCAUCAAGGUGGCAACGGUGGCCUGUGGAGACGCGUUCACUGUAGCCAUCGGGGCAGAGGGUGAGGUAUACUCUUGGGGCAAAGGGGCCCGAGGUCGACUGGGAAGGAGGGAUGAGGAUGCCGGACUCCCCAGGCCAGUGCAGCUAGAUGAGACACACCCCUACACAGUGACCUCUGUGUCUUGUUGCCAUGGAAACACUCUUCUGGCUGUUCGUUCAGUCACAGAUGAGCCAGUACCCCCCUGAGGCACGUGGACAUCCUUCUCGACCACCCUGAUCAUUGCUUCUCUGAAUGUUCCUGAAAAGCACAGGUGCCUGAGGCAUGACCGUCCCCACCAGCUUCCGGGACUGUCAUCAGUGGGGUAUAAAGGCCAGCGAAGCUUUUGGCCUUGGAUUGUAAGCCUCAACCCACCCUAUUCCUCCAACACUGCUCUUUUCCUCCUCACUCCCACUUCUCUUAAUUCAGCGUCCUCAAGGUCCAGCCUGGUGGAGUUGGAAGCCAGAUCUAGCUUUGAAAGCAGGGUGGUCCCCGGAGCCUUAGCAAAAAAAGGCUAUAGAAGUGGCUGUGGCUGCACUCAGACCCCGCGCGCGCCCCCAGCCCAGUUAGAAAAUAAAUCCCUGGUGCCUACAGGUAGAGCAGCUCCAUGGAGCAGGGCAAGCCAGGGCCUGCCUGGCCCGCCUGGACUGCCGGUUCAGCCCGCCUGGCCUCUGCAUUGCCUGGGGCAGAGAGGUCGGAGAGCACUGCCCCCCACCCCCAUCCCUGUCCUGAGGCAAGGACUUGCACAACCCCUGCGCCCCUCCCCUCCCGGAUGAGAGUAGGAGACUCCAGAUGUGUCUACUGCAGGGGGAUACCGGCUGAAGGUUGCGCCUCACCGCUCGCCAUUACCCCAACCAGGUUCCGAGAAGGGGAAGCUGGCUGGUCCAGACCAGUUUCCCAGAGGACUGGAAAUAGUAACAUCAAUAAAAACGUCAGCUGCCUGCUUGCACUGUGGUCUGUUCAGGGGUAGGGGUGGCGACCAGACACCCCAGGGCAGGACUGGGC